GUAAAACCCUGCGGGACAAUAAUACAGUGACGCCGCGCGUAUUUCCGGCCAGCUCAGCGUACGGAGGAGUGUUGUGAAGCUGUAAUCCAGACACAGACAUUUUACAGCUGUUAACAGCUUCAUAUACACCUGCUGUGGGUAAAUUUUACAUUACAGCGAAAUGGUGCUGCUGACAAUGAUCGCGCGGCUGGCGGACGGACUGCCGCUGGCGGCUUCAAUGCAGGAGGACGAGCAGGGAAGUGAAAAGAUGGGUCGAGAUCUCCAGCAAUAUCAGAGCCAAGCCAAACAGCUCUUCCGCAAAUUAAAUGAACAGAGUCCAAACCGAUGCACCUUAGAGGCUGGAUCAAUGGCCUUUCACUACGUCAUAGAGAAAGGCGUUUGCUAUCUGGUGCUCUGUGAGGCCGGGUUUCCUAAAAAGCUAGCCUUUGCUUAUCUCGAAGAUCUGCAGGCAGAGUUUCAUGAACAACAUGGCAAGAAGGUGCCCACGGUCUCCAGGCCCUACUCCUUUAUAGAGUUUGAUACAUAUAUUCAGAAGACCAAAAAGUCAUACAUCGACAGCAGAGCACGCAGGAACAUGAGCAACGUCAACACAGAGCUACAAGAUGUACAGAGAAUCAUGGUGGCCAACAUAGAAGAAGUUCUGCAAAGAGGGGAGGCCUUAUCUGCAUUAGACUCGAAGGCCAGCAACUUGUCCAGCCUGUCCAAGAAAUACAGAAGUGACGCCAAGUACCUGAACACUCGCUCCACGUACGCUAAGCUAGCUGCGGGUGGAGUCUUCAUCAUCAUGCUGAUUGUAUACAUACGCUUCUGGUGGCUGUGAGGUGUGGGAUGUGCGGAGUGAAGAGGGGCUUUUGAGAAAGUUACAGGUGAAAAGCAGACGGACUUUCACAUUGUUGUGUUUUAAAGCUACAGCUUGUUCUUAAAGACUGUUGGAUCCGGCAAUUUCCCUCCUAACAGGCUGUCGAGUCCCUAACCUGAUCCUCACUGGUAUCUGUUUUGUGA